GAUAAAGUCCCCAAUUGCAAAUUACUAGGGUUUACACAGUAAAGGGUUCAGAUUUCGCGAACAAACGAUAAAAUUUCCAAUCAAACCGAAGGAAUUCGGUGACUUGGAUUCUCUGUGCUUGUUGAUAACAAAGUUUAUUGAUUGAAUUAAUGGAUUCUGAUAAAGAAGAUGUUGUUUUUCUUGAUCGAUCUUCUCGGGCAACAAGAGGGAAACGGAUGACAAAGCUGGUUGAUGAUGAGAUUGAAGAGGAUGAUGAGUUCUGGAAUCAAGAUGCUUUGAAAGAGGAAGAAGAUGAUACAAACUAUGUAGAAGAAGCGGAUGCUGGAGAUGUUUUUGACAGCGACUUUGAUGAAGAUGAACCCGAGCCAGAAGAGGAGGCAGAAAACGAGCCAGAUGACAGGAAGCGGCCGAAGAAGAAACUGAUAGUUCCGGGAAAACAAAAAAUGCCAUUUCCCGGAAAACAUAGAUUGUCGUUUCCAGGAAAAGAGUUGCCGAAAAAGAAGAAAAGGAAGGUUGAAUCAGAACCCGAAAGUUCUAACGAAGAAGGAACAAAUCCCGAGCAGUCAAAGUCAACACCGCAAGAAGAUACUGACAUGCAUGAUGACACGGAAGUAGAGAAAACGACUAGAAAGUCAACACGAACUGCGGUUGUUGUUAGGCAAGCUGAAAGAGAUGCGAUACGCGCAGCAUUGCAAGCAACAAUGAAGCCUAUAAAAAGAAAAAAAGAAGGCGAGGAGAAGAGGAUGACACAAGAAGAGAUGCUUCUAGAAGCUGCUCAAACAGAAAUUAUGAACUUAAGGAACUUAGAACGCGUGUUAGCAAGGGAGGAAGAAGUUAAGAAAAGAGCUAUUGUGCAUAAAGAUGUUUACACUGGCCCUACAAUACGAUACCUUUCUAAAGAAGGUUACUCAUACCUUGAAUUUACUAACGGGGCGUCAUUUAAAUCUCAGAUUCGUACAUCCUCUGGUCCAUAUCCGGAGAAGUCCGUUUGCGUAGUUACAGGAUUACCUGCAAAAUACCUUGAUCCUAAGACGGGCUUGCCAUAUGCAACAAAAGAGGCUUUUAAGAUUAUUCGUGAAAAGCAUGCGAAUGACAUUAGUGGCAAUAAAGAGGAAAAGAACAUGGGAAUGCUUUAUGAUUUGACCUGUGGCGAAGGUUUUACCAAGAAGAAGAGGAGGUCAAUCAAUCCAAACAGAAAACGAAAUUCUUAUUCUUCCAGAUUCUUGCCCCGUUUUCGUCAAAGUCAAAGUCACAGUCAAAUUUCAAUUUCAAGUUCUGAAUCUGAAGACUCGGAAUGACUGCAGAUAGUGUAAAUGGUCUUAACUUGUUCUUCUCAGGGAUUUCUAUAUUUAUAAAAAUAUGAGGUGAAAAAACAUGCUUAAGUGUUGCUGGUUUUGGUUUUAUAAUCAGGGAGUUGUCUGGCUUUGCACUAAAAUAUCCCAUGUUUGCUUGACAUGUAAAAGUUUCACCAUUUUUUUUCUAGUAUUUUGUUUGUAUCUAUAAGUAUUAGGUUGUAUGCACUGGUGCUGACUGUACACAGUUGAUUAUACAAUUUUCUUUUACAA